AUGUCUUCCUCUCUCUGCCCCAAAACAGCGGUCAGAUCCCACUUCCCCCACCCUAUCGUUCCCACCUCCGACAUCUCCCUCGCCCACGUUACAGAAGAACGAUUGUGCAAAGUUCCGUCCGCCGGCAAACUCCAUAUAGAAAUGGAUGCAUGGAUGGGAUAA